AUAUAUAAUCCUUAUAAGUUUUGCCCCAUAGCUCAGUAAGGCUCAUCAAAGUCCAAUCACUCCCAAUACUUUCAUAACAUUUCACGAACUUCACUCUCCAGUCUCCAAUGGCGGCUGCCGUCUCCACCAUCGGUGCUGUCAACCGAGCACCGUUGAGUUUGAAUGGAUCAGGUGCCGGAGCUUCUGCUCCAAGCUCAGCUUUCAUGGGGAACAGCUUGAAGAAAGUGAGCGCUAGGUUCAACAACAACGGCAAGGCUCCAGUGGGAAGUUUCAAGAUUGUGGCUGCCAAAGAAAUCGACGAAGACACACAGACCGACCAGGACCGAUGGAAGGGUCUUGCUUAUGAUAUCUCCGAUGACCAACAAGACAUUACCAGAGGGAAAGGUAUGGUCGACUCAUUGUUCCAAGCUCCCAUGAACGAUGGUACUCACUAUGCUGUCAUGAGCUCCUAUGAGUACAUUAGCCAAGGCCUUCGCACAUACGACUUGGACAACAACAUGGAUGGAUUCUACAUUGCCCCAGCUUUCAUGGACAAGCUUGUUGUUCACAUCACCAAGAACUACAUGACCCUUCCUAACAUUAAGGUUCCUCUUAUCUUGGGUAUUUGGGGAGGCAAAGGUCAAGGAAAAUCUUUCCAAUGUGAGCUUGUCUUUGCCAAGAUGGGAAUCAACCCCAUUAUGAUGAGUGCCGGAGAAUUGGAAAGUGGGAACGCCGGAGAACCAGCCAAGUUGAUCAGGCAAAGGUACCGUGAGGCCGCCGACAUUAUCAAGAAAGGGAAAAUGUGUUGCCUCUUUAUCAACGAUCUCGACGCUGGAGCCGGUCGUAUGGGAGGAACCACACAAUACACAGUGAACAACCAAAUGGUGAACGCCACACUCAUGAACAUCGCUGAUAACCCCACCAACGUUCAGCUCCCCGGUAUGUACAACAAGGAAGAGAACCCUCGUGUUCCGAUCAUUGUCACCGGUAACGAUUUCUCGACGCUGUACGCGCCGCUCAUCCGUGACGGUCGUAUGGAGAAGUUUUACUGGGCACCCACCAGGGAAGAUAGGAUCGGUGUUUGCACAGGUAUUUUCAGGACCGACAAUGUUCCCGUUGAUGACAUUGUUAAGCUUGUUGACACCUUCCCGGGCCAAUCCAUUGACUUUUUCGGUGCUCUGAGGGCCAGAGUUUACGAUGACGAAGUGAGGAAAUGGAUCGGAGAGGUAGGAGUCAAUAGUGUCGGGAAAAAGCUCGUGAACUCGAGGGAAGGGCCACCAUCUUUCGAGCAACCUACGAUGACCAUUGAGAAGCUGUUGGAGUAUGGAAACAUGCUUGUUGCUGAACAAGAGAACGUGAAGAGGGUUCAAUUGGCUGACAAAUAUUUGAGUGAAGCUGCCCUUGGAAAUGCUAAUGACGAUGCUAUCAAGAGAGGAGCUUUCUAAAUGGGAAAUUAAGCUCCAAGGGAAGAAAAAAAAAAUCUAUAUUGGACACAAACAAAGGAAAUCCCCCCUUUGUGUCUUAAUAGAAUGUUGUUUUCCUUUUCUGUUUUAAGUGGAUUUGUGUCCUCUAUUUUUGUGUUAUAAAAUCUCCACUUCGUUCUUGUCUUAAA